AUGGCCGAUUCGACGACCAAGGAAACCACUACCAUCGCUGCCGAAGGCAACAACUUCAUGCAAAACUUCAUCGCCGAGCACAAAGUCCCACGCGAAGCCCACCAAUACUUCACUCGCCCCGACUCCUGGCUAACACCGUACAUCACGUCCCCAUCCUACGACCCCAUACCAACGUUCUCCCGCGUCCUUAAACGUACAGGCGAAGAUUACUUCUUCUCGCGCACCGUCGCAACGCCGCAGACUAUCCCACACCUGAUUUCAUUACAGCGAAAAGCAUGGCAUUUACCAGAAGAAACACCGAAAGGUCAGAGCAUACCAUACUUUGAUGGGGAUAAUCGAGCCAAAGUCGCCGCCCCCGCAGAACCAGACACACUCUUCCUUCUGGCGCUCGCGCGACCUGGGCUGGAUGGCCAUCCCCAUGUGAUUCAUGGCGGUAUGAGUUGCGCGAUAUUAGACGAGAUGAUGGGUCUGUGUAUCAUGCUGCAUCAUCAGCAUAUUUCCGGGCCUCGAGACAGUCUCUUCACAGCAAACCUGAACGUCAGCUAUAAGGCGCCCGUGCCAACGCCAAGCGAUGUUCUGGUGAAAGCCUGGCUUGUGGCACGGCAAGGCAGGAAGUGGUACAGUAUAGGGCAGAUCACAGAUCGGGAUGGCAAUGUACUUGCGGAAGGGAAGGGGAUCUGGGUCAUGACAAAGAGGCAGGGGAAAAUAUGA